UCCAUGCGUUUGUAUACUCAACGCUCCGCGCUAUUCCCUCUAUUCAAAAUAAAAAGCCUCAAUCACAAUAAAAAAAAUAGAUUUUUAAAUACUUCAACUACUUCAUCGCCGUUUCAAAGUGACGGACAUUUGCUCUCGUGUCUGAUCGAUGCAUUAAGCUUCUCCGCGGUUUAUUCCCCGUGAUUCCCUCGAAUAUUGAAUUACAGAAGCUGUCAGUUAAGAGUGAACCAUCGCACCGAUGAUAAUCGGAUGGAGGGAAGAAAAUAAAGCCAUCAAAGUGUAUUAAUUUCUCGUGCUUUAUUCAUCAUGAAACGCCGAAAUGAAAAAUGAGGGCAAACCUGUGGUAAAAUCGAUCAUGCGGUGAAUUAGUGGAGAAUAUUAGUGAUUUUAUUUUAUUUCAGUUGCAACAAGUGAUAUUUCAUUCAUUAUUGUGCUUGAAAGGAGCAUAUUCCGUUAAGUGAUUUUUUUGUUAUUUUCAAAAUUUCAGACAGUUCAAGCUUCUUCGCUAAUGUUUUAGCUAUUUUUACUUUUUUUAAUUAUGGGAACUGAGCUUUAUUAAGAAAAAACUGAAAAAUUGAGAAACGCAUCGGUAUACGACCUUUCUCGACCAGAAAUGUUUCCGGGCUUUGGAACAAAUACAAGUCCUUGGGAGUGAAAAAAAAAAUGAAGAAAACAUCGUAAAAGGUUUGGGCCAGCUACUGUAAAACAGGAGAUUUAUUGGAGAGUUGGUGGAUAGGAUUCUCCGGCUUAUUCGCGUCACUGUGACUGAUGACACUGGUUGGAGAGGCCGAGAAUAGGGAUCAAUAUAUGGACGGAUUACCAAGGAAGAGAUUUGGUUGAAAAUGACCAAAAUAUCAAAUAACGAUUAGAACAUCAUAUGGGUCCAAUGAUGCGCGAUUUUAUGCUAAAAAAAAUCACGGAAUGUGUCGUGAUAGUGUUUGUUCACAUAUCGCGAGUUUAAGCGGUGGUGGGAAGAAAUAUCUCAUAAAUAAUUCAUUAAAAGUUGGAUGUACUAAUGUCGGUUAUCGUGAAUGUGGGAAGAAGAGCUCUGGAAGAGUGCUGUCUGUGCAGUUAUUAUCAUCGUCAUAUUUAGGAGAACGAGGUGGUGGAAAAUUGUGCGAGAACACGAGCGGUCCACAUCUGGUCCGCCACCCUGGCGGUAUGGUCCUUUGGGCCGCUAUACUAUUCCUUCAUGGAGCUGGGUUCGUUGGAUCGAUGACAGGUAUUCCUGGCGUACCGGAGAACAUAACCGUGAUGUUUCUGAAUCCGACAUCUGUAAGAGUAUCCUGGAGCACCAGUCAGGUCGACCAAGUGGAAAAGUACGAUGUCACGUACAAACCAACCGAUGCAAGGAAUGAAACCAUCGAUCAGUACUAUGAAUCUUACAAUGAAACAUACAACGAAACGUUCAGCCUAACAUACUACGAACCGUACAAUGAGACGUACGAUGAAAGGAACGAUACCAGUGACAGUUACAGGAUGGUGCGGUUGGUCGCAGGGAACAGCGACGCUGUCACACUCAGCGAUCUCCAAGCUGACACCCAGUAUCAAUUGGUUAUCACAGCUGUGAGGGGAGGCAAGAAAUAUCGAAGUCGACCUAUCGUCUUCCGUACACUCGAGCCACCACGAACCUCUCCACAGCAGGAUGCAGCAGUCACAGGAGGCCCCAUACCACCGCCUCCACCAUCAUCACAACAGCCACAUGCUUAUAUCCAAGUGCGUGGAGUGGAAGUUGGGAUAGUAGUAAUGGUCUUACUUGUAUGGGCAGGUGCGAUAGCACUGUUCUUCAAUCGAUGGGGGAAGAUACGUAUGUUGUUACCUUAUCAGCCGGACUACAAGGAGCAACUCAAAGUACCAGGGACUGGAGUAUGCACAGCAGCAAAUGCUGCCUGCACACAGCACUCUAGUCAACAUGCCUGUUCACAGCAUCUGCACUGGUCGAGCCAUCGCGUGGAUUCCCUGGACAGCACUGGUGGAACUGGAGGUAUGGCGUGGCCAAGAGCCUCGAGGCCUCGUGUCAACAGUGCCAUCGACGUUGCUGGUUUUCUGUCCCAGGAAUUCCUCCGACGUCACGGUUCAACAUCCCGUCUCUGUCGGAAGGUUCGUAGUGCAGACAAUUUGCCCCUAGCUUCAUCUAGUCAUCAGGACUGCGAACAAACAGGCUGUCAUGAUGAGUGCAUGGAGAUGAACAGAGAGAGAGAUAUAUUUCUACCGCGAAAGAGUGAGGAUGAGGAGAAAUUUGGUGAGACUGAUUUCGAGUCGAAGAGGCAGAGCAGCUCAGAGAGUGGAUCAAAGGACCAUACUGAUGCGCCCCUCAUUGAACCAUAUCAUCAGCAAUCCACCUCCAGAAGCAGCGCUCAAGGGACCACCUCAACAACGUCCAUCUCAGGAGUAGGGAGACGCUUUGGGGGUUGGAGGUUUGGAGGUAGUCAUGAAUACGUCAGAUGUCCUGUCCGACAACCAGCGUCCAUAGAUGAAAGGAUAAAUCGUCGUUCCUGCGAACCAGAUUUCACAAGAGUCAAACCCCACCAUCCACGUCAUUUGCACCAUUGCUCAACAGACACCGAUAGUCACUCAAGAAGCUGCGAUUACACAAGAUACACAAUAGAACCGAGUAUCGAGACCCAACACUUUGGCCUGCCAAUUCUCAGUAUCAGUGAGCCAAGUCCGCCGGAUGAAAAAGAUCGCCUCGACGAUUAUUUGUAGGAGUUGCUUGACGAGGAUUUCCUCAAGGAACUCCUCGUUUAGUCCAACAUUCAACUCUCGAAUCGUUUCUCAAAUUGAUAAAACUGGUUUUUUAAGUGAAUGAAUCAAUGAUUCUGCACUCAAGUGUUGAAAAUCAGGGGAUAAAUCCAUCGGAUUUCGAAGAUUAUUCUGCAGAUAUAUGAAAGUUGUCAGGAUAAUUUCUUUGGAAAGGAAAAAAGUGUCUGCAAUAGGGAUUUCCUGAUGAAUUUCUUGAAACCUCUUUCAUCUGCACAUAUUUUUCCAAAUCAAGAUUGAUUGAUUCAUGCGAAUAUGCCAUCUCUAUGUGGUAGUGUCAAAAAAUAUCCAUCCAUUAAAAUUAAUACAAGAUUGAAUUCUCUCUUAAAAAUUUCUUGAAUAAUCAUAGAUUUUUCCUGUGUUGAAUCAAUGAAUGCAAAAUGAAACACAGAAGGAAUCCCUUUUUCAAAUGACACUCGCGAACGAUCUAUUUCCACAAAACUCAGCCUGUAUAUAGUAGUAAAGGUAUACGUAAAGAGCGGAUAAGCUGAAAAAGAAGGAUGUAGUAGAAAUACACGGAAAUAACGAGAUUUUUGCAAAUAAAAUCCAUGAAAUCUGAAUGGAAUCGCUGUUGAAAAUUGUCACCGAUCAAAUCAAAAAUUCAUUCGAAUUCUUCGAUUUAGUAAACUUGAAAAUUCCAUUUUUACGAUCCCAUAAAAUGAUUUAGAAAGCAACUCAUCAUUUCAAAGAGAAAAAUUAUUAUCUCUAAUUAAUAUCUGUCGACAAAAAAAACUCGUCCUCUCAUUUUCACUGUUUAUUUCAUUAAAAUCUCGGCUUCAUACUGCAUUCAAAAUUAACAAGAAUUCAUCAGUCAUUCUGAAAUUUUAGAUAAUUGCUCUAUAUGAUGGACAAACUGAUAUCGACGAAUUUUUUAUGCACAUAAAAUUUUCAACAGCGAUAUUGAAUAGAGACCUAUGAAUUUUGAACAAAAUUAUCAGAGAGUUCAAUUUUCAGUAUCAGUGAGCCAAAGAUAUUUUUUCAAAUCAAGAUUGAUUGAUUCAUACGAAUAGUCCAUCUCUAUGUGGUAUGUCAAACAAUAUCCAUCCAUUAACAUCAAUACAAGAUUGAAUUCUCUCUUCAAAAUUUCUUGAAUGAUCGUAGAUUUUUCCUGUGUUGAAUCAAUGAACGCAAAAGAAAACCGAAGGAAUCCCUUUUUCAAGUGACACUCGUGAACGAUCUAUUUUCACUAACCUCCGCCUGUAUACAGUAGUAAAGAUGUAUGUAAAGAGCGGAUAAGCUGAAAAAAAGGGGAUAUAGUAGAAAAGAUUUUCGUUAAUAAAAUCCGUGAAAUUUAAAUGGAAUCACUGUUCAAAAUUGCAACCCAUCGCAUCACAAAUUCAUUCGGAUUCUUUGAUUUAGUAAAAUCGAAAAUUCCAUUUUUACCACCCGAUAAAUUGAUUUAAAAAGCAACUCAUCGAUUCAAAGAGACAAAUAAUUUUCACUGUUUAUUUCAUUAAAAUGUCACCUUCAUGUUUCAUGAAAAAUUAACAAGAAUUCAUCAAUCAUUCUGAAAUUUCAGAUAAUUGCUCGAUAUGAUGGACAAACUGGUAUCGAUGAAUUUUUUAUGUACAUAAAAUUUUCAACAGCGAUAUUGAAUAGAGGCCUAUAAAUUUCGAACAAAAUUAUCAGAGAGUUCAAUUAUUCUACUCCACUGGGAAAUGUAUGUAUUACGUGGUUACAACUCUGUUGCAUCAAUGCAAUUCGAACCCCCCCCCCCUCUCUCGAAACAAGUUUCAUAUGAAUAAUAAUGUAUUUGUGUAAUAUGUGUGAGAAACUACCAGAGAGAAAUAUUCGAGAAAACUGUUAAUAAUCGAUAAAGUUUAAUGUUAAGUCCCUUCAUCGAAUGUAUAUUUCUUCAUGAUUCACUCAUUGAUUUGCAAUUCUUCAUAAUGUACAUUACCCAAUCCUUAGUGUAGCUAUUGAUCAUCAUAAUGAAGGAAAAAAAAUUAUUUCCCCAUUUGUACAUUUAAUCACCAAUUUUUCGUAAUAAUUUAAUUGCUUAAUCCAGUCAAGCGGAGGCAUCACCAGUGCGGAUUGAUCAUGUAGAAUUAAUGCAACGAAAUCACGCAAUGAAAAGUCAAUAUUCGGAGUGUUGAGAAGAAGACGAGAAAUUCUCUUCAUAAGUAAAAAUUUUCUAAUACUAUAGCUUUACAAAUUGAGACCAAAGAUGAAUCAAACUAUUUAUGUACAACAACUUGAUGAUUUUGAUGUUACUAAAUCUACGGAGAUUAACUCAAAUAUUAUAAUUAAUUGAUCAGUCAUUUUCAAUGGACAUGAGGAAAAUCAGGUGUGAAGUGGUAGAAAGUGAUUGUCUAAGAAUUGACCGAUCUUAUGAAAAAAAAGUUAAAGUACUCUUUUUGUGGAGGAAAUAAUUUCCUGCGAGCGAGAUCGUUCGAUAUUUUCUCGUAAUAACACACAACACUCGUCUGUGGAAAAACUACUGACCAACAAGUUUCACCAUUUCUCUACUUGAAUAAUUGAACGAAUUUCGUAGAGGAAAUAAAACUUACGUGUUUUGAAGUACUUUCUACACAUACUUUUUGAUGUAAAUAAUUGUGGCAUAUCUGGAAUGAAUAAUAUAUAUACUGUAUCGAUGAUAAGAAGAUGGAGAAACUAGUAAAUAAGAGAAUCUAUUUCUAACGCAAGUUUAGAACCGAAAUAUUAAUUAAAAUAAAUGAAUAUUAUUGUA